CAUAGAUUGGAGCAGCUGACAUGGACAUGGACAACAAUGAAACGUUAUGCUUCGUUUCCAAUACAUCAGCAAACGGUUCAACGAGUUUUCUUCAUCGUGCAGAAACAGUAAAAAUCCCCAAGUACGUGUUCACACCCGCUGGAAUCACUGCGAAACGUGUUCUGUGUUUUAUUCUCUCAACAGUUGGCGCUGUGGGAUUCCUCGGGAACUGUUUGGUCUUUUUCUUUCUCAGGCAAAAAUCGGCAAGAAACCCAGUGAAGACAAAUCGUUUUGUGAAGAAUCUGAACUUGUAUUUAAGAAGCUUGUGCCUGUCCGAUCUCCUCUCUUGUGCCAUCUCGCUCCCUCUUCUGUGCAUUCAAAUUUCAUUCGAUGUAUUCCAGAGUGGCUGGACGUGCAAGAUGGUUCGAUACCUGAACUUCGUGUUUCCUGUUGUCACAAUCAAUAACUUAGUGGUAAUAAGUCUCGAGAAGUACUUAUCAACUCGCAAGAUUCCACGCACGUUCAGUUCCGCGACAGUCCGCAAAAUGAUUAUUUUCGCGUGGUUUUUAGGCAUUUCCGUCAUGUUGUUUCCCGCCGCAACAUAUGACGGCAAAAGGGUAGAUCUUAAUCGCACUCAUUUUACCGUUAUCUGCAAAAAUAACGAGCGUUUCUAUCCAUUCAGAAUAACACUCCUAAUUUUUCCACUACAGUAUGUUCUUCCGUGUAUAUUUGUAACUUACGUCAACAUUUCUCUACUCAAAACUUUGUGGGGCAGAGGAACUAGGAAAAUUAGGAAUGGAGUAAGCGAUGCCUUCAAGGGUCGGCUUAUGGCCACGAGAAUUAAGGGGACAAUUCUACUCGUUGCUCUAACGUUCGCUUUUAUCGUUCCCUGCCUUUUCUAUGUAGGCAAUAUGGCUUAUACCCAAAUGGCUAAGCCACAACGCACGUUUGCCACGGAUUUCAUUUUCCGUUAUGGCGGUGGUGGCAUCGCAGCCUAUUUUAGCAGUGCUAUCAACUUCAUAAUUUACUUUGUUCAAAUGAGGGACUUUCGCGCAUACCUGAAAACCGUUGUCUGUGAAAGGCGUGCUAGUAGAUAUGGCACCACUGACAAAACUCAGACUGCAAAAAUCUGCGAGAUGCAGCUGAACUUACAGUUUGUAAACCAGAUAACUUGUCAUAAUAAGAAAACAAAAUGAGACAUUCCAUUUUUUUUUUCUUAAUAUCGCUUUAUUCUCCAUAAAUGUUCCUCAAGUAAUUUAUUAUAUUGAACUGGAAACUAGCGAUGAUAAAGCAUAGGAUUUUGGGACUUCCCGUUAGGUUAAUUCGAUAGUAAUAAAAUUAAUAAAAACUGUAUCAUUGGAUAAUGCAAUUCAAGAGUUUUCAUUGGCUUGCUCAUCAUGGUGUAUGAGCAAUUAGUAAAAACACGCCCAGUGAUCUUGGUGUUUCAAGCAAUCUGAUUGGUUCGUCAUCUCUGGCUAAUGAGAUUUAUUAACUCCCUACCGGGUGAAUAAAGCAUUAUCCAAACAAAACGGUCGGCGUAAACUGGCGCUUCGCCAGCGUUUCGGAAUCGGAAAUCCUGAGAGUUCAGACAAGAUGUUGUACCGGACUGGUU